UGAUUACUUGACGGUGCCUGGUGAUUGCUGAGCAUCAUCGACGGGGAGGAGAACUGUUUGUAAACAAAAAUGUUAUCCUCCCUGUCAGCUCCUGCACACUGCUUUGGAUGGCUGUGCAAAGCACAGCCAUCCAAAGCAGUGUGCUUACAGUGAAGCACACAGACACAGCACAUAGUAAAGCAGCACACAGUUAACCCUUUGAUCACCCCUCAUGUUAACUCCUUCCUGCCCAGUGCCAUUAGUACUGUACAGUGUACAUUAUUAUCACUGUAUUAGUGCCACUAGCGACGCCAGUGUCCCUCCCAGCCAGCAUCAGUUAGCACCAGAUUGCCAGCCACACUAUAAGUUGCUGAUCACCGUCAUUAUCUAGUAUA